AUGGCCUUGGCUCCUACUUUAUGUGCCACAUAUACAACCUCGGGUGUCAAAGUACCGUCGGAUCGUGGUGGUGAUGCAAGAAUGAUGUUCUUACAUCCAGCUACUUUGGCUGGGAUACCAAGCAUCAUUGCAGUCGAUGGAAGUACAGCGGUUCCUCCAGGAACAUACAGACCCACCGACUCAAUGGCUCGUGAGAAUCGUGAACAGAUGACUCCUGGUGCUGUUUCGACGUGA